ACGCCGGUACACAAAACGUCCGUGAAUCCUGGUCCCAAAAACAUCUCUGAUUUCCCACUUAAAACGAUGUCGCCGACAGAGUACAUCUACCUGUGCAUGUUACUGAUAUCUCUGGGACUAGGACACGUCGUGAAACAUUCCAGAAAUGCUCUACAGAAGCAAUUGUUGAGCACAUUUGUCGGUGUGUCGAUGGUGAUUGGUUUAUGUGGAUGGCAGGCCUACCAUUCAUUGUUCACUACAGUGGUGGCGAGUGUUAUUGUGUCGUUCAUUGACCCCAGGAAGUGUCACAUUUGGAGUUUUGCCUUCUGUUUUUCCUACCUGACAUUUUUCCGAGCCGGACAUUUCUUUGGUCUGGCAGCUCCAACAGCCUUUUCCAAUGUAGUGCAACUCCUCCUAACACUGAAGCUAGUUGGUGUUGCUUUUGAGGUGCAUGAUUCCCACGAGAUUGAGACCAAACAAAAAAAUGCUACAUCCGACCAACAAAUCCAAGGUUCUGCCAAGUCCAGAUACGUGGCCGUUAUACAAAAGCCUGGAGUACUGGAUGUCUUUCAGUAUGCAUUCUGCUUCAUUGGAAUCAUUACGGGUCCGUACUACAAGUACAAGACCUACUAUGACAUGAUACACUGUGAGAACUCUCAGGAUAUCCCGAGUAUAGAGCCGAUGGUGGACCGGCUAAAGACACUGGUACCCGUCGGUUUACUGUUCCUCAUCAUGUCACAUUAUCUGUCCAUCGAUUACGCCAAAUCCGAUGAGUUUUACACACAUGGGUAUUGGUACAGGACUCUGUACAUGAUACCCAUGUUCAUGUUGUUCCGGCUGCGCAUGUACUCGGCCUGGAUUCUGUCUGAGUGCGUCUGCAUGUCAGCAACGUUAGGAGCUUAUCCUGUCUCUCUCAAACCGAAGGUGGGGCUGGGACCAAGUGUCAACCCAGAUGAGAUAAACAGUUCUGACAAGCAAGUGGAGUAUAACUACGAGACCAUUCAUAACAUAGACUGGUACCAAUGUGACUUCACCCCUACCUUCCGCGACGGCAUGCGCAACUGGAACAUGUCUGUACAGUGGUGGCUCAAAAACUACGUUUUCUUUCGUUUUCCUGUUAAAGCAUGGAGCACUUCGGUCACGAUGCUGGUCAGCUCCUACUGGCACGGCAUCCAUCCCGGAUACUUCCUCAGUUUCCUGACGGUGCCCAUCGUCCUGGUCGCCGAGGAUGCGAUGAUGCGUGCUUUCCGCACCGACGCCAACGCUCACUGGUACGAUAAACUCAACUGGUUCUUCCGCAUGCGAGCGUUUGAGUAUCUGGCCAUGGGGUUCCUACUGCUAGGGUUCUGGUCAACAAUGCGAUACUGGGCGUCAACAUUGUUCAUCGUCCACGUGGUAACAUUUGUGUUCAUAGCUAUAGGGUAUGCUUUUAAACCAAAGAAACAGAACGUUAAAAGGGAAUAAGGUUUGGUUGAAAUAUCCAAGUGUGAGCACAUGUGACUUGUUCAUGUAUUUUAAAAUAACAGUAGGUAUAAUUUUUGCUCCAAAAUUAAAUGAAAAAGUGAUACGGUUUCAGGAGUGACAAGUGUGUCGUUGCUGAGGCCUGUAAGAAGUGAUGGUGAUGAGGUUGUGAUGAAUGAUUUUGAUCAGAAUAACAACCCUGAAUGAAUUUUAAAAUUCAGAAUGCUUGGUUGCCGAUACAGAUAUGAAAAGCCCACCUAGGCUUCUGAGAUAUAUUUCCUCUUUAAAAAAAAUUGAUAGAAAAUGAAGUAGAGAAAUUAUGAUAUCACCACAUGGUUGCCUGUAUACAUAUAAGUAGCUAAUAAACAGUAUUAGUUAUCCCACGGGUGUGAGUGGAACAUCGAAUAAUGUAGUGCGUCUUGGUCCCAUAUGCCACGCGACAGAAGGCCAAGUGGCUUAUGGGAGACUGAUGCACUAAAUUUUCCAUGUUUCCUGAGUGCGCGUGGGACAACAAAUUUAUCUUCAAGUAAACUUGAACAUAGUUUGAACGCACAUGCUGGACACAAACUUUUCAGCGGUAAUCCGAUUACGUGUGCGUCCAGCGAAGCGCGUGCAUCUGACGAGCGCGAUACGCGAGGUGCUAUAUGGACUGUGGUGUAUGGGAUAAUAUACCACGGAUUGUUGCCAUGGAUCGACCAAUCAGAAUCGAGGAUUCAAGUUUGCUUGAAGAUAAGUGGUUUUUUUCUGGUGCUUUAAACAAGUACACAUUUAGGUGCUCUGUAGUAUACAUGUACAUGUAUAUACUUGUUGCAGGUUUCUGGAAAGGGUAUAGAAGUGUCUCAAUGAGAAUUGUGUUGGUCUGUUAGAUCAGUGCACAAAUUGGAAUCACAGCUGAAAAAAAAAAAUGUUGGACAAAGCAUAAAUGCAUUUACAGUUAAAAAUAAUAACUUGUUCUGUAUGGCCAUGUUAUUAGCGUCAUUCAUGUCAGUGUGCUACUUUGUUUUAAGAGACUGCUCUACCAGAAGCUGAUGCAAUGAAAUGUUAUCAUACUCAGAAAAGCUAAUUUAUUUUUAAUGAUUUUAAACUGUAACUAGAAAUUAGUAUGGCACUUUGCAAUUUUUAGAUCUCAAGUUUUCAAAAAAAACACAGGUUGCCCUGGUUACUUUAACAAUUUUAUUAUUCCAAUUCCAUGGAAAGACUUUUGUUUCAGGAUCAGACGUUGUUUGGUUCUUGGUAAUUCCACCAAUAGAUUUUAUAUUUAGAGGUGUAAAUUGAAAAUGUAGCAUUAACCUUUUGGUCACUGUAGCACCCAAAACUGCCUGAGCACCAUGUUUUUAUUGAAUCUUCAGUGAAUAAACACAAUGUAAUACAAUGUAAUACAAUGUAAUACAAUGUAGUACAGGUUGUAAUGAGUUAAAGUAUCUAUCAAUGGAAUUUGAACAAUACAAGUGUUAACAUAACCAGGAAAACCUAUAUGAUCGCGUAAGACAAGUAACCAUGUUCUCUGUUGUUUGUGAGCACCUUGCCGAUUUUACCUAACUGCCUACCUCUGUGCUGCCAGUAAUUCAUUAGGGGAAAAAAAGAAUCCGUCAUUCCAAUCGUACCUUGACAACUGAAAAGUUCAACUUUCAUCUAUAAAUUGUUUGCUAUUGUAUUUAUUGAAAUUGUAUUGCCCACACAUCUGGGACAUUCUAUAAAUGUAGGAUCCAAAGUGUGACAUUUUUGACAUAACUGUUACCACAUGGUACUUCGUAAUUGACCAUUCAAGUAUCAUUAAGAAUGACUUCAAAGGAUGUAUUUGUUGGGUAGGUAGUUUGCUACUCAUAAUCACUCUUAUAUGACCACUGCAUUAAGGAGUGCAUCAGAAUUAUAGAAUCAUAGAUGGUCAGAUGUAACAGGGACAGGAAAAUGUAUAGAAUGACCCAUUAAUAAUGUAUUUCCCUUCAUUCAUAUUCAAAGGUGGAAAGAUUGCAUCAUAUUGAAUGCAGCUUACAUGUACAUGUAUGUAAUAUUGAAUCUGUAUGAUUGAUAGAACGUGGAGCGGUGCUACCACAACCAAGUAUUCUUGCAUUGGAAAGACGUGGAAUUGUUUACAAUGUGUUCAGAAUUUUAUUCUCUAAUUGCAAUAGCCUAUUAUUCUAUUCUUUUGUGUGCUAGAAAUUACUCUUGCCUUAAUUGCUCAAAUGUUAUCAAAUUUUCGUAAUAAAAGGACAUUUUAAGCAACAUGAUGCCAUAACUCUAUAAUCAAGCCAAAUUUUAGCAUUCUAAAAUCGAAGCAGACUGUAAUAAAAGUAAUUCAAAUUAGUGCAUAUUUAAUUAUUUCAUGUUUUAUCUUAACUAUUUAUGAUGGCAAAAUUUUAUCUGAUGUAGAUAAAUUCCAGGUCAAUCCUGAAAAUAUGCUUUUUGAAAUAGGCUGCAAAAAAAUCAGGCACGCAACUUUUCCUUGGAUCCACUGAUUUCCUCGAUUUUUACUUCUCAUUAAUGCCAUUACAAAUUGAAAAACACUGUCAAAGUCUUGUGUGGUUUGGAGUUUCCUGGUGUUUUUUCUAAAUUACCAGUUGCUUGCCUGACAAACUAGUUGUUUUAUGCUACUUGUGUGCCAUUUUUUUUCAUAAUGUCAACCCAAAGUUUCUUUUAAAUUGAGAAUGGAUUCUUUUGAUUACAGAUUGCUGCACUGUUAGAAUAAAUUGUGAUACACGUAGAUGUCUUAAAAAUGAAA